AUGGACGAGAAGUCUGUCCAUCCUUUCCCUGACGAUGAUGGUGCAGCUGAAAUUUCAAAGACACUAAGAGACGUUCCUCCAAGUGAUUACCUAUUUGAAAUCAAAUCGUUCUCAUUGCUUUCCAAGGCCGAAGAGAAAAGAUUUGAAUCGAGGGACUUUGAAUCAUGUGGUUACAAAUGGAAAUUAUGUCUAUACCCUAAUGGAGAUGAGAAACGAAAUGGGAAAGAUCACAUCUCUCUCUACUUAGCAAUAUCAGCGACAGAUACGUUACCUCUUAAUUGGGAGGUUAAUGUCAAAUUCGACUUUUUGGUGUACGAUCGUAACCUAGACAAGUACCGGACCAUCCAAAAUGCUGAUGGGAGAGUAAGACGUUUCCACAGGUUUAAGACUGAGUUUGGUUUCGCCAAAUUACUUUCCCUCGACACUUUCAAAGAUGCUUCUAAAGGAUACCUCAUUGAUGACUCCUGUAUGUUUGGAGUCGAGGUUUAUGUCAUUAAACCUACUGGCAGAGGAGAGUGUCUUUCUUUGAAGGAGGAAACUUAUGACAAUAGUUACUCUUGGGAGAUCAAAAAAAUUGCAGAAAUAAAAGAGGAGCGUUUGUUCUCUGAACCUUUCACCAUUGGAGAGCACAAAUGGAAGAUACUUGUUUAUCCCAAAGGAAGUGGCAGUAAAAAGGGAAAAAGCUUAUCUGUCUUUCUAUGGUUAGAUAAUUGCGAAUCCCUUCCAACCAAGCGAAAAUUGUAUGUGGAAUUUAGCCUCUUGGUAAAAGACCAAGUCAAUGGCAAACACUGCGAAAAGAAAGGUAAUUAUUGGUUGUGUGACCAAAACAACUGCUGCGGUUAUGAUCUAAUUUCUCUUCAUGAUUUGUAUGAUGAAUCGAAGGGCUUCAUAGUACGAGAGAAUCUGGUUGUUGAAGUGCAAAUUCACGUGAUUUCUGAUGUGAAAGAGUUCUCCUCGAAAAUGUCUGAUGCAUAG